GCUUUAUGGCUGUUGGCAAGGAAAAAGGCAGUUGGCCCAGAACCUUUGAACACACAAAACACCCUUCGCUCUCCUUCUGAUUCAAGCUGCCCUCAUCUGUAUGAGAACCAACACAUUGCUCCCUCGCUGGUAUUCAAAGCUUGCAAGUGACCAUCUUUGGGGUAAGUGGCAACCCUUUUGGAGGGGAGGGGGCAAGAUUUCAGCUUGUGACAAAGGCUGAUCUCCCCUGCUUUGCUAUAGGGAGUGUGCAUGUGUGUGUGAAGGGAUGUGGGUGGCGCUGUGGGUUAAACCACAGAGCCUAGGACUUGCCGAUCAGAAGGUCGGCGGUUCGAAUCCCCGCGGCGGGGUGAGCUCCCGUUGCUCAGUCCCUGCUCCUGCCAACCUAGCAGUUCGAAAGCACGGCAGUGCAAGUAGAUAAAUAGGUACCGCUCGGGCGGGAAGGUAAACGGCAUUUCCAUGUGCUGCUCUGGUUUGCCAGAAGCGGCUUAGUCAUGCUAGCCACAUGAUCCGGAAGCUGUACGCCGGCUCCCUCGGCCUGUAAAGUGAGAUGAGCGCCGCAACCGCAGAGUCGGUCAUGACUGGACCGAAUGGUCAGGGGUCCCUUUACCUUUAUGUGUGUGGGGGAAUGUGGCAAAUUCUUCUGAAAAGCUGUCAAAAGCUCUGAUUCCUGUGUUCGCAGACGUUUGGGCUAGAUUAACCUUUCCAACUCAGCAAUCCUGUGAUCCCACAAAAGCAGCCAGUAACUCGCCGCCCCUGCAUUUUGCUGCUCUCCCUGCAUUUUCCCCUCUUCUUCUCUUCCCUCGCAUUCCCUCCCUCUGUUCUCAGAGCCUGUCUUACACAACAGGGUCACCCACACACAAUCCCCAUCCCUUGACCGAUAGCCUCAUCGAGGGAGGAAGGAAGAAGCCCAACAGUGCUCAGUCACAAGAUGGCCAGUGAGGAUGUGUCAGAGAUGAAGAUGGCCAUCGAUAAAAUUGUCAGCAUCUUAUUGGUCCAUACGGCCGCCGAGGGCAAGAAGGAGACACUGACGGCCGGCCAGUUCAAGGCGCUUGUGAACAAGCAGCUCCCUAACUUCAUGAAGGUAGAGUGGGGUCCAAGGGCAGAGGGCAGGAGGGCGAAGGGAGGCUAUUUUUUAGGUCAAAAGCAGUGCAAGCAAAGGUAUUUUGCUGUUUAAGACAAAGAAAAAGAUGGGGACCGUUGACUUCUCAUUUCAGAAGCUUUGUAGACCAGGGAACCUUUUUUCUGAAUUAGGGCCACAUUUCCUUCCAGUCAACUUUUGGGGGGCUGUAUCACUGUCACAGCAGUCACAAAAUUAAAAGAUGCCUGCUUCUUGGGAGAAAAGCAACGACAAACCUAGACAGCAUCUUAAAAAGCAGAGACAUCACCUUGCCAACAAAGGUCCGUAUAGUUAGAUCUAUGGUUUUCCCAGUAGUGAUGUAUGGAAGUGAGAGCUGGACCAUAAAGAAGGCUGAUCACCGAAGAAUUGAUGCUUUUGAAUUAUGGUGCUGGAGGAGACUCUUGAGAGUCCCAUGGACUGCAAGAAAAUCAAACCUAUCCAUUCUUAGGGAAAUCAGCCCUGGGUGCUCACUGGAAGGACAGAGCCUGAAGAUGAGGCUCCAGUACUUUGGCCACCUCAUAAGAAGAGAAGACUCCCUGGAAAAGACCCUGAUGUUGGGAAAGAUGGAGGGCACAAGGAGAAGGGGAUGACAGAGGUCGAGGUGGUUCGACAGUGUUCUUGAAACUACCAGCAUGAGUUUGACCAAACUGCGGGAGGCUGUGGAAGACAGGAGUGCCUGGGGUGUUCUGGUCCAGGGGGUCACGAAGAGUCAGACACAACUAAACGACUAAACAACAACAACAAAAUCACUGUGGUGGGCGGGGCCAGAGGCAACAGUGGGCGGAGAAUAGGAUGCUCAGAUGCUGAGCUCGAGGAGGAGGAGAAGAGAGAGGGUAAAUAAUUCCCUCUCCUUUUUCUCCAUGUCUUGCAUGAUCUUACAAAUGGCUCCUGCGACAAAAUGGCAGCAGUGGGAACUGCUCCUGUUUGCUGCUCCUGCCAGCCAGCCAGCCAGCCAGCCACGCCCUUCUGAAAGAUAUUCCAUUCCAAUUCCACAACUUUCCCUUCUAUACGGUCAGCCAGCAUCCCAUCGCCACGGAGCAUGCUCAGUCCUCAUGGGGUGUUUUCAGGGCUUUUGGUUGUUGUUCUGCAAACCUUGGGGUAUCCCUGAGUCUGCCAAUACCUCAGUCUCUUGCCAUUUUUGUCGCACAUGCCUCACGAACGUGGAAAGUGGCAGGAAUAAUUGUGCAAGCACUUUCAUAGGGUGGUAGCCAAUGCUCAUCCUAACUUAGAGGAGACCCACUGAAGAUUAACUUAAGCUCAUUCAUUUCAGUAGGUCUACUCUGAGAACCAGGCAGAGGGCCUUUUAGAGGACAUCUGAAAGCAGCCCUGUAUCGGGAUGUUUUUAAUGUUCGAUGUUUUAUUAUGUUUUGAUAUGUGUUGGCAGCUGGGGCAACCCAGCCAGACGGGCAGGGAAUACGUAAAUAAUAAAAUUCUUAUUCUUAUUCAGUUAAAUCCAUCCAGAGAGAGACAAUCUCUCACUGACUGUUUCUGAGCUUUCUGUUCCUCUUGCCUCUUCUGUAGGAUGCUGGCGAUCUCGAAGAGAAGAUGAGAAGCUUGGGGACCGACAGUGACGGGGAGCUGGAAUUUACGUCGUACUGGAAACUGAUGACGGAGAUAUCCAAGAAGCUUAAGGAGGGGGAAUUGGGGAAUAUAAAGUGAAAUUUGGGGUAUACGGUCAUGUUUCUGGGUGUGGGUAAGAGAGAGGUGAGUGGGUGGGACCAGGAAAUACUGAUCCUAGGACUUGCAGGAGGAUGAAAAUACUACGACAUAUCAAUCAAUCUCUCGGCCAGUUGCAACAAUUCGAAUAAAAGCCUUUGCUCCGAGAA